GCAAUUGGAUAUGGAUGGAUACGGUUGCCAAUUAUAAUAACGCAGCGCUCGUUAUAUAUGUGAAUCGUUGACGCCGUUGCACCAUUCCCGCCGCCGCCGCUAUGUCGCCGACGCCGCCGCUCGCCCGCUCGCUGCUCGCGCUCGCCGCGCUGCUCGCCGCCGCCGACGCUACGACGAACCCUUUUUGCGACAGUCUGAGUAGAGGCCAGCAAACCGAUGACUAUGAAUAUUUUGUGCUAACUGGCACUGGUGAUGCGACCACUAAGAUUCCAGAUAAAUGUUCCAGACCAGGAAGAGAGUUAGUAGGCGAUUAUAUCAGCGUGUGCAACACUCCAUACUCUAAGCCCCAACUGCGCUCGCUUAUGCUGGGUACCGAUAUCACUACUAUUCCGUUCUGGGCUGUAUACAUCGGGUGCUCUCAUACUAUCCCUGGCUGCUCGCGUCUCGAAGUGCAAGUGACGCAGUACUGCAAGAUGGUGACGGCGCCAACGCCGCCGGUCGGAAAUGUGUUGGGUUAACGUGGUGAUCAAUGCACUUAGCUAAGUGUUAAUUCUGUAUAGAAAACGCCGAUAGAAACUUAAAAAUUGUUUGUUCGAAUCUGCCAUCUCAAUACGUUGUAUCGAUUGGUCGAUAAAAGAUUAUCAAUAAAACUCGUGUUGACAGUUGCAAA